AUGGAUCUCACCACCGCCUACCGCUACAACCAGAACAUGAUGGAAUACUAUACCUGUCACGGCGGGGUGAACCAGCUGGGGGGAGUGUUCGUGAACGGGCGGCCGCUGCCCGACGUGGUGCGCCAGAGGAUCGUGGAGCUGGCGCACAACGGCGUCCGGCCGUGCGACAUCUCCCGCCAGCUCCGGGUCUCCCACGGCUGCGUCUCCAAGAUACUGUCCAGGUACUACGAGACGGGCAGCUUCAAGGCGGGCGUGAUCGGCGGCAGCAAGCCCAAGGUGGCCACGCCGCUGGUGGUGGACGCCAUCGCCAACUACAAGCGCGAGAACCCCACCAUGUUCGCGUGGGAGAUCCGCGACCGGCUGCUAGCCGAGGGCAUCUGCUCGCAGGACAACGUGCCCAGCGUCUCCUCCAUCAACAGGAUCGUGCGCAACAAGGCGGCGGAGAAGGCGAAGCACGUGCACCACCAGCAGCAGCAGCAGCAGCAGCAGCAGCAGCAGCAGCAGCAGCAGGCGGGGGCGGGCGCGGGCGCGGGGGCGGCGCCGGGCCCCGUGUCGGUGAUCGCGCACGCGCCCGCCGCCGCCGCAGCGGCCUCCGCCGGCUACAGCAUCAACGGCAUCCUCGGCAUCCCGCCGCCGCCCGACCCCAGCGGCAAGCGGAAGCGAGACGCGCACCACGCAGAUGACAAGGAUAACCGAGACAUCAACGGUCAUCCCGAAGACGAAAUCAAGAGACAGCGAUCACAAUACAACGGCGACCAACUUUACUCUAGCCUGUGGUCGGGCAAGUGGAGCAUCAAGGACGAGCACAAGCUGCUGUCGGAGCUGGGCAGCAGCGCCGCUAACGGCGGCUCGCCGUACUACGACGCGCAGGCGGGCUUCCCCGCCAGCACCACGGCCGCCGACCUGUACGACAGCAUCGGCUCGCUGGCGCAGGCUCAGAGCGCGCCCGCCUACACGCCGCCCAUCGGCACGUCGCUGGAGAGCAGCGCGUACACCGGUGUUAGCACGAGCACCGCCAGCACCGUGGGCGACGCCGGCUCCUCCCCGGGGCUGCCCCUCUCCCUCCCCGCAGACCCCGCGCCCAGCGGCGCCCCCUCGGACCCCGGCUCGCUCACCGUGCUGCAGCCCGCCAGCAACAACAACAACAACAACAACAACAACAACAACAACAGCAUCAGCGUGGUGGGCUCGCCCUACUCCGCCAUGCUGCCGGGCUUCGCGCACUACUCGGCAGUUGGCGGCAGUGCGGUCGGCGGAGGAGUGGUUCCCGUCAGCGACUACUCGUACAGCUCGCCCUACACGCAGUACGCCACGUCGUACGGCACAUACGGCUACGGCGCUGGCGGGUUGCUCAAUGGUUCGUCCUACUACUACAGCGGAGCCCCGUCGCUCAAUCAAAGUGUGUUCCAGCGCAGCAGUUGCGCCCUGCAAGCUGCAGAGCCGUCGGCAGAGGCGAGGUCUCCACUCGCCGCCACCAGGGCCAACUCUGGCACUAGUGCGGCCUCGCCCACAGGCAGCGCGUGCAUGAAGAGCGACCACCUCUGA